AAUUAUCGGGACUCGACUGUAAUUGAUUUAAUUAUAUGUGGAAGGAAUAAUUGAUGUACUUUCGAACCGCAAAGAUAUGCCCAUUCCAUCGUAUUCUUAAUAUGCCGGCUUAAUGAGAUUUUGUGUCCAAAAUUGACAGUGAUCUAUAAUAAGAAAAUUUAUACAUUUGCUGUAGAAAUUUAUAUGUAUACUUUAUAAGAUCAGAGAGGCCUUUUCUGUAGGAAAGCCUGUGGUCUAAAUGGCAUAAUGUUCUCAAUACGGUUAUAUGCUACUAAAAAAUCGUAAACAUUAUCUGAUGACUUUUUCUCUCUUAUUGUGGGCACAGUGAGAGAAAGUAGCGAGCCGACUCGCUCUUUUGUUAAAUGUUUUUUCUUUGCAAUUGUAUUGAUUUUAAUGCCGGCAAGCUACUUUGAUUUUAGAUUGAGCACGAAAGAUAGCCUUCUCGCAAUUGUUUUUGCCUCUCUGUGUGCGUUUGCAUGAUGAUAAUUUUCAAGACAUUUUAGUAUUUCGCCAGACGUUGGCGGGCGUACUCGGCGAUAGAACGCGAUCCGGAUCCAUUUUCUGGACACAAACAAUAGUAAAGCGUCUGUCACGCUUUGCUCAAUAAUUGGUGAAUAAUUACUUUGGAAGCACCUGUCAAGUGUUUGGUAUGCCGUCUCCGGCAGUUACACGUAAUAGUUGUCGAACAGGCAGUUUAAUGGCAUUACUUCUAUGGAUCGUUCAAAAUCCGCUGUGAUUAGAUAACGGGAGCACGGUUAUCUGGACACCGGCCCAGUGUAUUAUAGCAGAAAUCCCAACGGAAUAAAAGAUUUUGCCGUGCACCUGACCUUUGUCAGCUAACGUGACCCCCUUCCCCUUGGCCCUGAAACCCGAGCCGGAUUACCGGCUGGCGACUCCCACAAUUUUCACUUCAUCAUCCAAUAUGCAUAUUUUUCAAGGCUGGCACGCACCCGAUAUUGUAUUACUAGGCCAAUGAAUGUAUUUCAAUACAUAAGCUUAUUUUAUUUUGUGCGACCCUGAACUUGAAUCUUUUCGGGUUCCCCAUUACAAACCACCGUCACCAUGUCAGCUCCAGGACCUGGAUAUCCCGACUUUGAUGAUAUACUCGGUCAAAUUGGAGAGUUUGGCCGAUUCCAGCGACGAAACUAUUUACUCAUCUGCCUCCCGGUUUUGUUCGCUGCGGCCAAUAGUCUGUCGUAUGUUUUCACGGCGGGAUCUCCCACCUAUCGAUGCCAAGUUCCCGGCUGCGACAGCCCGGACGAGCCCGACUAUGGAGCGGAUUGGGUGUCUGCUGCCGUGCCUGGCACCUGGAACAAUCAGGGACACUUCACUCCACUGACCUGCGAGAGGUUUGUGGCGAAUGUGAGCAGCAUCCAAUCCAGGCCAGAUGAAUGGUGUUCGGUUGAGAACUUUACAAAGGAGACGGAGCGAUGCCAACAGUUUGUGUACGGCAGCACGGAGCAGACCAUCGUACAGCAGUGGGGACUACAAUGCCGGGAGAACCUCUGGAAACUGGCCUUCGUGGGUACAAUGCACUUUGCUGGUCUGGUAGUUGGAACAGCAAUUUCCGGCUACCUAGCCGACCGAUUCGGUCGAAAAAACGUCUUUCUAAUCUGCAUUGUGUUUAUGGCGCUAACAGGUGUGGCGCAGGCGCUGUCCUGGAACUACACCAGCUUCCUAGUCUUUGCACUGCUCAACGCCGUAGGUACUUCCGGCGUCUACCCGCUGGCCUUCAUCAUCGGCGUGGAGAUGGUGGGGCCACGGAAGCGCGAAAUGUGCUCCAUCGUUCUUAACUACUUCUACGCGGUGGGAGAGGCGCUCCUGGGUCUGGCAGCAUUUCUGCCCAAUUGGCGUCAUCUGCAGCUGGCGCUCUCGCUACCACCACUGCUCUGCGUUGCCUAUUUCUGGCUGGUGCCCGAGUCAGUCCGGUGGCUACUGGCACGCAAUCGUCGCGCACAGGCCGCCGUGAUUAUCCGGCGAGCGGCUAAGGUAAACCGGCGGGACAUCUCCGUAGAGCUAAUGGCGAGCUUUAAAGAGCAGGAGGUGAAUGGGACAGUACUUACCGAGCUGGAAGAACCUGGCGCGCCUGUGGAGUUAAAGGACGACCAGAUUUGGCGUGCCGUCAAAGAGGUAUUCGGCUCCCACAUUCUUUUGGCUCGGUAUGCUAUCAUGCUGUUUGUGUGGGCAGUGAACGCCAUUGUCUACUAUGGCCUCUCGCUGAAUGCCACCAACUUGAGCGGCAAUAAGUACUUUAACUUCGCCCUGGUCUGUCUUGUGGAGAUCCCCGGCUAUAGCAUCGCAUGGUUUUGUUUGCGCAGACUAGGACGGCGUCUUGCCCUAUCUGGCUCUCUGUUGCUGUGCUCCGCCACCUGUGUAGCCAGCGGUUUUGUCACCAUGGCGAAAAGCGAUUGGAUUUCCUGGAGUUGUGCCAACUGGCUGGUCGUGACACUUUUUCUUAUUGGCAAGCUAGGAAUUACCUCCUCGUUCGCCGUCAUAUAUACGUUCACUGCAGAAAUGAUGCCAACGGUCAUUCGGAGCGGAGGCGUUGGCGUUAUGUCUACAUUCGCUCGUUUUGGGGCGAUGCUGGCACCGUUCGUGCCACUGUUGUCGACGUACUACGAACCGCUUCCCCUGCUCCUCUUCGGUGCCACAUCGCUAGUGGCCGGACUCCUCUCGCUGCUGUUGCCAGAAACUUUUCAUCAGAAGCUGCCCGAUACGGUCGAGGAGGCUAUUGCGCUGGGAAAAUAAUUAACCCUAAUUAACCCACGAAUCAUUUAAGAGUGAGUUGGCUUGCCAUUUCACUCAACGUUAUUUAAAAAUUUUUAUAAA